AUUUUGAAAAUUAUCGUUCAUAGCCUGCAAGUGGAAUCGUGAAACUGUUGAGAACAUGAUUUAUUUUGGGCAAUGACUUCAAAGCAAAAUAAAAAGCGGAAAAUAAUAAUAAUAUCUGCCUAAAUGUUGAUAUCAGGAAUUUCCAACGUAGUUUACGUAAAUAUAGUAAGUCAACACCGUAACCUUCACUAUUAUUGAUUCCCGUCAAGGCCAUUUCUGAGAUGGUAUCGUCCGUGUGAGAGAGUGUGGUCUUCAGAUUCCCCUGGCUACAAUCUGUGUACAAGAGCUCUCUUUUUUCUCUCGCUGAGACGUCGAAGUGGUUUAACUAGCCGAUUACGUCGCAGACCUUGAAGAUUGCCGAUAAAUUUUUUGGUAACACUGAAAACAUGCCGACUGAUGAUUCUACAUCCUCAUCUAGUAGUAAUGAGUCUCCACAAGAAAGUAAUUCUGGAUUCCAGGUUUCUUUGAUUGGUGGUCACAACAUUUGGGAGUGGAUUUUUCUUGUGGUGGCCACAUGCAAUGUUGCUCUGUUGCUUGCUUCAUCAGGAGUUGCAGUAGUACAAUGUGAUCUUCAACGUAGUCUCCUGUCUCCAGAAUUUACGACAGAAGUUAUCGUCAUUCUUGUUUCAAUUAUUGCACUUUCUUUUGCUAUAUAUGGAGUUCAUGAAGAACACCAGUUUGAUAUCUAUCUUCAUGCAGUUUUCAUUACCAUUGCUGAUGCUUUCAGUUAUCUGGUUGCAGAAAAGAUUAACUGUUACCAUUGUUUCAAAUUUGUAUGUUUUUUUGUUGCUAUUGGAUUGACAGUUGUAAAUUAUUUCAUGAUCUUCAAAGCAACUACUGCCACAGACUGGACUGAAUUUCGAAUAAUUGGAGCAUCGGAGUCCCUUGCAGUUAUGUACAAGAAGCAAUGUGCAUUUUUAGCUUUACUGAAGUUUGAUGCUUUAUUUGUGGUUAUAUGUGCUAUAUACAGUUUUCCUAUUACUUUGGAUUUUCCAAACAAGAAUAACCUCUACCUCCUUCUUAGUUUAAUUAUCAUGUAUUCAUUUAUGAGUUGGUGCUGCGGCAAAGUUACAGUCUGCAAAGAGGACAAAUACUUAGCAUCUGGUUUUGUAGUCCUGUGCAUAACAUAUCCAUGCUUGGUAAUUUAUCAGAUGUAUAUGUCAAAUCAUAAAACUUCUGUUGGACAAUUUCAUCUCUCUGCUCAAUAUAUAGGUAUCAUCAUAAUUGCUUGUAAAUUCCUCUUGUCAUGCUUGAUGAUACAGACUUGUAGAACAUUUGGAUAUGGAUUAAACACAAGAUCCUUAGAUAUUUUGAAAAAAUGGUUGGAUCGCCCUUCCAAGAAAAAGCCAGCAAGUGAAAGAAUGAUGUGGUUCAAAUUCUUGAAAGAGUGUUGUCAUCUCAAGUGUUCCAAUAAAACCAAAAAGUUGGAAUACACAUACAAGGAUAUUUAUAGAUUUUAGCUGUGUGUUUCUGAGGACCAGGAAAAACUUAUAUUUAUUUUAAAAUGUGUUUGAAUUUGUUUUGGUAAUGAAAUAGGAGUACAAAUAAAAUUCCCACCAGAAUAUUUGCUUUUUAGAGAUUUAGUUUUAAUUUUCUUCUAUUCUUUAAAAUGCAUUGAACAUCUCAUUAACACUUUAAUGAUGGGAACUUCAGUUGGUGUUUUAAUAAUUAAUAAAAUUUCAAAUUACUGUGUCAUUAUUGAUAAUUAAUCAAGAUUGAAAUUUGGAAUAUGAACACACAUUAUCAAAUAAUAAAAUUAAUUAUUAUUAUAAUAAUUUGUAAAAAUUUUAGCUGAAAUGCUUCUUGGUAUUUCUGUCAUUAAAGUGUUAAUAUACUCUGUAUUAAGUCAAAAUAUUCAAAGAAAUAUGAUUCCUUUAUGUUUAUUUUGAAUUUCACAUUAAAAAUUAAUCUUGAAUAUACAGUGAAGCAAUAUAAAAGAUGAGUUGGUUGGUUAAUAGCAUAUCAAUUUUAAAUAAAAUUUUGCUCAACAACUGUAUUGUGUAUUGAGCUGUUUUUAAACUGUUGUAUGUUACCAUCUAUAAAAGUGUGCUUAGUACUAGGGCCUAUCUCUUUUCUUUAAAAAUAUGAGUAGAAAGUUAUAGAUAACAAAUAUAAAUUUCUCUUCUUAAUCUGGUCCUCGAGAAUGGGAACUAUUUCAGAAAUGUAAUUUUGAUAGAUGCAUUUAAGAUUGAUUUGCAUUUGUUAUGUAUUAGCUGUGUGGCUGGAUUUAGUGUAAUUAUAUAAAAUCAAACUAUUUUUUCAAAUGGUUGCACAACUUAGCAAUUGUGAUGUGGUGAAAUAUAUUAAAGUUUAAAUAAGCUUACAUUAUUUAUAGAUUUGCACAAUGCAGAUUAAUAUAUCCGUCUCCUUAUUCCUGGUUUAUUAUAUAUGCAUUGUUUUUCUUUAAUAUCUGUUAAUUUUUUGCUUAUAGAGUGUUGCUACUGUGUAUUUUCUUGGGAAAAGCUUGAUAAAUCCAUAAAAUAACAUAGAAGCAUAUUACAAGUUUAGGAUAUAAUUUCUGUCUUUUAGGUGUUUCCAUGAUUAUACUGUAAUGUAAUUGACCUUGUAUUGAAAAAUCUAGAUUUGGAGGAAACUUUUACAAGAAGAUAAUUGUUAUUUCAAAAUCUAAUUUAAUUCAUUUGUAAUAUUUAUAUUUCAUAUAAUCUGGUAAUGUUCAAGAAGCUAUUUUGUGUGAUAAAAGUAAAUAUCUUAAUUUUACUACAAAAAUAUUGGGAAUAUCCCCCCCCCAAAAAAAGAAGUUCCCCCCCUCCAUGUAAGAAUGGUUUUGCAAUAUUUUCCACGAAAUCUUUUCCAUAAGUUGCACAUGCUCGGAAAGUUUACUCUAGUCUUACAUUUAAGUCAUGGUCAUUGAGUGCAAUAAAAUUCUGGAAGUCGUAUUUUGAUUCAGAAGUGAUAUACCGGUUUCUUUUUUUAAAUAUUCUAAUUUAGAAUUUCCAAAUACUGAACCAGUGACAACAGAUUUCUUUAAUUUUAUAGUAUCCAGUUUAUAAAUGUAUUUCAGUUGUUUUGAAAUAUUGCUGUAAAAAUAUGUAUUUAUAUUUGAAAUUUGUUUAAUAAAGAGGUUACUAGAAAAGUAUUUCCAUACUAAUCUCUCAAAUAUGUAUCAUAAGCAAUUUUCUAGACAAACAUUUACAUAUGAUACUUCAUCCUAUACAGAAAACAAGUAAUUUUAAAUUUGUCACAUUUGAGUUUCUUCAAAAUUGUCCAAAUUUUUAUUUAUUGUAGAAAAAGGAACACUAAAACUGUAAAUCAUAGUUCAUUGCCUUCAUCGGUUAAGUCUUUUGAGAAAAUGUCAACAGCAUGUGGUGUUCCCAGGUGAUCAAACUUUCAGAAAUAAGUAUUUUCUAAACAUAUUAUUUUUUGCUUGAGAGCUGUAUUUGAUAGUGUAUAUAACUUCAAUGUGUUUAGUUAGAAGUUUUAAUUUAUCAGUUUAUUUGAAUAUGAAUUUAAUUGAAUAAUAUUUAUCACCUGGAAUUUAGAUAAAUAAAUAAAUAAAAUUAUUGUAAGCAACACUGUUUAUGAAUGAUUUUUGCAUUCAGAUUAGGAUAAAUUAACUUAUGCUUUAUGAAACUCCCUGAAGAACAUCUGAAAAGUAAUUUUUAUUUGAAACUCUCUGUUUGGGAGAAGAAAUUUUAUUUAUGUAAAAAAAAUGUGAAUUCAGUUUGAGUAAAACUGUGUUAGAUUCUUUUUUUUUUUUUUUUUUUUUAUUUUUAAUUAAGGAAGUUAGAGUUCAAGACAAUCACUCAGCUGUUUUAAAUAAACUUUUCUGGCCUUUUUCCUUAUGGGUUUCGAUUCAUAUUGUUGAAAGAAUUAUUGCAUUUAUUCGUACAACCAACUUCUUGUCAUACCUGCUUUUAUUUUCUAGCUCUGCUUUCUAGAGAAAAUUAAAAUAUUCAUAUAAAAGUCCCUGAAUAGUAAAAUAUCUACCAUUCUACAUCUGUGUGUUGUUCACAUUCUUGUUACACUUUAUAUAAGGUAGGCUGUCUUUUUUUAAUAUUCAGCCUAUGAAAAGCAAACUUAGGUACUAAUUGUUCUUCCAAGUUUCUUAACUGUAAUUAGAUUAGAAAUACUUACCUUUUAUAAAUAUAUAUUCUAACUGUAAUUCUAAUUAGGAAUUGUAGUAUAAGAUGUAUAGUAUUUGAGCUGAUAUAUUUUACCUUUUAUGUAAAACAAAGAAAGAAUUUGCUUCAGCAUUUUUUUCUUAGAUAUACACUUCCGUUUAAAACUUAAAAAAUAAAUUAAUAGUUCCUUAGCAAGUAUAACUAUUUCUAUUUUAGCUGUAAAAUAUUUACAUUAUUUGUGCAAAUAUCAUGUUAGAAAUUUGUUUCAUAUAAAAAUGCAUUUCUAAUGCAGAUUUUAUUACUUAUAUUUAAGAAAAAUAUAUUGGUUCAGGGCAUAAUUCUGUGCAUUUUAUUUCUUUAUAAAAUGUUAAGCAUUUACUUUGUCAACUUUUAUAUAUCAAGCAUGUACAUUAGCAAUGGAACUCCAUGAAAUGCUGAGGAUUUUCUCAUAAAAAUUGCUUUAGUUUAAUGUCAAAUAGAUUAAAGUUUCUAAUGAAUGCUCUUUAUUCAAAGUUAGCCAGUCUUAUGAAAGACUGGCUCAUUAGGAAUUAUACUUGAAGUAGUGCUUUUACUUUAACAGUACAUCAAUUUUAUGCAUAAAAUGUGUAUAAGAUACUUUUAAAUUUUUUUGCUUAGCUUAUAUUUGCAAAUAUAUUCAAAUAGUUUGAAAUUUCAAGAUGUAAAAUGUAGAAUUGCUGAAAGCAAGAAAGCAUAAUUUUUUAGCAAGGUGUUUGAAAAAUGGUUUCUAAAUUUACUAAUAAACAGUUGACAUCUGUUUUUAUAUCACAGUUCUGUAAAUUUGAUAUACUAGUAAGGUAACUGGAUUACUUUUGCAGUACUUUUUUCACAAAAUUACACAAUAGAAAUAUUUUCUCUUUCAUUACAAUCCUCUCUUCAUUCCAUACAUUUCAUGUAAAUCUUCCAAUAUUGGAAACAAUGUUGCAGGUCAUUUUCCAAUAAUUUCUUCAUUCAUUAUUUUAUCCUUCAUCAGUAUAUCGAAAUUUCGUUUCAUUUAAUAUAGACUUUUGGAAACAGAAAAAAAUCACAUGGAGGACCAUAGAGAAGUCUGAGAACUUGUGCUUAGCCAUAAAUGAACAGACAGGUGCUUUCCAUAGUGAAGAGACUUGAGUUCUUCACACAUCGGGGUAUUUUCUGUUUGUAUGUUCAUGAUGACUUAUUCAUAUCUCCAUGUAGUAGACUUGGGUUACUGACUUUCUAGUAUCCAUUUCAUGGGAGCAAUUCUUGGAUAUCAAGAAAAUAAUCAUCGUUACUUUAGCUGGAUUUACUUUGAUAAGCGCUCUUAGCUUUUGCUAAAGAGGAAAUUUUGUGCUACUUGGGUUCAUGUUUAGUUUCAGAUUCAUACAGAAAAACCAAUGAUUCAUCAUGGGUUGUAACAUGUUUUAAAAGAUUUGGGUCACUUCUAGUGUUUUGAAAAAUAUUAGUACAAAUGUUCACUCAAAUUUCCUUCUGUUUAAAUGUCUGGAUUCUCUCAACUA